CUCGCAGUAUCCCCCGCCGCGUAAACACAAAUUGAAGCCGAGAUUUCCACUUUGUUCCAGCGUUUGAGCUUAACUCCGUACGUUGAUUACGCUGCAAAUUGUGGUUAUGGUGCCGAUUUUUUACUUUUUCAUGUAGGAAAAUUCGCAAAAUAAAAAAGCGUACAACCACCCCCAUCGCACUGCUGUCCUUCCACCACCACCACUUCCCAGUUCCACCUUCCCUUGCUCCUCUGGACUGCGGAGGAGCCAGUUUUUGAUCAGUCUCUUCGCGUGCGAGCGGGCGGGCGAUGGCGAAGAGGUCUGGCGUGGGCGUCCUCGCCGGCUUCCUUGUGGGGUUCCUGCUGCUGUUUCUGCGAGUGGGUUUCACCGCUGCCCAGAAUACCUCGCCAUGGCUGACCUUGAGCGGUAGAGCCCCUGCAGUAAUAGCUAAAGGAGGAUUUUCUGGGUUGUUUCCUGAUUCCAGUCCCAUUGCCUAUAAUUUUGUGUCACUUGCCAGUUCAAAUGACACAACUUUAUGGUGUAAUGUGCAAUUGACAAAAGAUGGCAUUGGGGUUUGUCUUCCCGACAUCAAUUUAGACAAUUGCACUGAUAUUGUAUCCUCUUAUCCUCAGAGCAGGACAUCAUAUGUGGUUAAUGGCGUAAACACAUCGGGCUGGUUCUCUGUGGACUUCACCAUAAAUGAUUUGUCACAAGUUUACUUAAAGCAAGCAAUUUAUUCUCGAACACCUAAAUUUGAUGGCUACCCCAUUCUUCCUGUUGAUGUUUUGGGGACACAAAUCAACCACAGUGCUCUUUGGUUAAAUAUACAGCAUAAUGCUUUCUACACACAACACAACCUGAGCAUGAGGAACUUUCUUCUUUCUGAAGUGAGGCGAAUCAUUGUGGACUAUGUGUCCUCUCCGGAGGUGGCUUUCCUUAGUGGCAUAGCACCGAGACUUCGAAACACCAGAACAAAACUUAUUUUCCGUUUUCUUGACAAAAGCAUCAGUGAACCAUCUACAAACCGGACGUAUGGUUUUCUGUUGAGCAAUCUCACAUUUAUUAAGACGUUUGCUUCUGGAAUUCUUGUUCCAAAGAACUACAUUUGGCCAGUUUCGAGUGAUAAUUAUCUGCUACCUCACACAUCCAUUGUGAAUGAUGCUCAUAAAGCUGGGUUGGAGAUUUACGCAGCAGACUUUUCAAAUGAUAACAUUUUGAGCUUUAACUACAGCUAUGAUCCACUAGCAGAGUAUCUCAUGUACAUUAACAAUGGAGUUUUCUCAGUUGAUGGGGUACUGACAGACUUCCCUAUAACUCCAUCAGAAGCAAUAGGUUGUUUCUCUCAGUUAAACAAAAGCAGUGUCGAUCAUGGGAAACCCUUAAUCAUCUCACACAAAGGAGCCAGUGGAGAUUAUCCAGAUUGCACUGAUUUGGCUUACCAGAAAGCAGUCGACGACGGUGCAGAUGUUAUUGAUUGUCCUGUUCAAGUUACAAAAGAUGGACAUCUAAUUUGCAUGAGUUCUAUAGACCUUACUGACUCUACCACUGUCACAAGAUCACAGUUCAGUUCUCAAUUCUCCAGGAUUCCUGAACUUAAGAGUACUCUUGGAAUAUUUACUUUCAAUCUCUCAUUGGACCAAAUCCAGAAGAAUUUAAAACCAUUAAUUUCGCAGCCGUUUGCUUCAUCCACUAUGGUGCGGAAUCCACUUUACAAGAAUAGUGGAGCUUUCAUGACACUAUCUGAUUUUCUAACAUUUGCUAAAAACAAGCCUCUGUCUGGGGUCUUAAUCUCCAUAGAGCAUGCUGCUUUUAUGGCUCAGCAAUUAGGCUUUAGCAUAGUAGAUUCAGUCAUUUCUACCCUAAAUGAUGCCGGUUAUAACAAGACAGCUUUAGAAGUCAUGAUUCAGUCAUCCGACAGCGCUGUUCUAGUGAAGUUCAAGCAGCUAACAAAUUAUAAGCUUCUCUAUCAAAUUGAUAAGUCCAUUGAUGAUGCUAUCAGUUCCUCAGUGGUGGAUAUCAAGAGAUUUGCCAAUGCCGUGGCACUUCAGAAACAAUCCAUUUAUCCGUCAUCCAUGCUGUUCACUACAGGCGAAACGGGUUUGGUUUCUCAGUUUCAUGCGGCAGGCCUUGACGUGUAUGCUUACGUGUUUCGUAAUGAGUUUAUAUCGCAACCAUGGGACUUCCUUUCAGAUGCAACUGUUGAGAUCAAUGCAUAUGUCAAUGGAAUUGGAGUUGAUGGGGUAAUUACGGACUUCCCUGGGACAGCUUGGCGAUACAAAAGGAGUUCAUGCAGGAACAUGGGCAAUACACCAAACUUCAUGCAACCUAUCCAAGCUGGCCAACUAUUACAGCUGAUGGCUCCGAUUGAGUUGCCGCCCGCCUUAUCGCCAAUGCCACCCUUGACGAUUGCCGAUGUGGUAGAGCCACCUCUACCUUCUGCCUCUGCCACUGUGGCUCCCGGUGCUGCACCGCCUUCUCCAAGGCCAUCGAGCGGGCAUCAUAACGUUGCACCACUGUUCUUUACAUUGUUGAUGAUCUGCGUCUAUCUUCUUAUCUGACUCAAACCGAAAUGCUUUUAUGAAAUUUGUCGCGGCGAGUAAGCAAGCUACUGUGAUGAUCAUCUGGUCCCUUUUACUAUUCUUUUUUAUUUGAUUAUGUUCCUUUUUUGAUGGUUCUUCAUCCUUCUAUUGUUUAUUCUACCCUAUUCUAAGCUAUCAAAACCACUGUAAACAUUUCGAUGUAGCAUUUCAUGGUAUUGAAUCUGUUUUGUUCUUUCCACGUA